AUGAAUCCAUUGAAUCACACAAAUGAAGACAAUAUGAGAUUCAAUGCAUUAGGCAUUCAAAUGCUUCCCAAAGGUUUACAUGAAAAGAUCUUUGGAUCUAAUGCUGGAAAGGAUGUGAAUAGUGGUGACCACCAAAAGAUGAAUGAAAUAAUUAGACAAUUAAAAGCUCACGGAUUCAGUGCUCGUAAUAUAAAAGCAAACAAACUCUUGAAUGCCAUUAAUGUCGACAAAUAUUUACCAAAGUUUUUGUCCAAUGAUUUGUCGCAACAUUUCCUACUAUUGGGACAACAGUUCUCUCAGACAUAUAAAGAGCUGUCAAAUGACUUAAUGGUCACUCAAUUGCCACAUAAACCCUUUGAAUGGCUUUUGACAGAAGGUUGGACUCGAUAUACGACAGACUCGACUGGUGUGACAGUCACUCAACGAGUAGACCAUCCCUUGGAAAGUGAUUUAGUGUUUGAUGUGGAGGUCUGUAUGAAUGACAGCGACGGACAGAGACCUACUUUGGCGACAGCGGUCUCAUCGAAGGCCUGGUAUUCGUGGUGUAGUCGACGACUGAUAGACUCGUCCAAUAAAAUUUCGUUCAACUCUCGGACAACCCUCGAGGACAUGAUUCCGAUGGGAAGUGCUGUGACUGAAUCGAGACUAAUAGUGGGCCAUAACAUCAGUUUCGACCGCUCGUACAUCAAAGAGCAGUACGAGAUAAGAGCCGACAAAACCAGGUUUUUGGACACUAUGAGUCUUCAUAUGUGUGUCUCCGGACUCACUCAACAUCAGAGAGCGCUCUCUUACUCUCAAAAGAUAUCAACUGAAGAGAACUCUGGCAAUGAGUCUCAUAUGUGGAGUGGAAUCGGAUCUCUGAAUAAUUUGGUUGAUGUCUAUCAUCUCUAUUGUGAUGAUAAUCAACACAUAUCUAAAGACCCGCGAAAUAUAUUUAUAAAGGGAUCGAUUGGUGAUGUUUUGGACAAUUUUCAGGAACUAAUGACUUACUGUGCAAAUGAUGUUCAAAUAACUCACAAAGUCUUCAAAUCUGUUUAUCCAAUAUAUUUGGAGAGAUUCCCACAUCCGAUCACUUUCAUGGGAAUGUUGGAGAUGUCUGUCAUGUAUUUACCGGUCAAUCCACACAAUUGGAUCCGUUAUGUCUCGGAGAGCGACGCCAUAUAUGAUGGCGAGGAAAGGGAACUCAACUUAUCUUUGCGUGAAAUAGCAAACGAUAGCUGUUCUCUGGCUAUUGAUAGACAAUAUGCUAGCGAUGUCUGGCUCUGGGAUUUAGACUGGACUACAGAUACCUUAAGAUUUAAAAAACCCAAAACAGAAUCCAUUAGGAAAAGAGCGAACAAAAGUAAUAUUCCCGAAGAAAUACCAAUAAUUGAGAGCAAGGAUCAGAUCCCUAUGAGUGAAAGUGUGUCCAAAAUGUUUGCUACGAGUUCUUUGUUGAAGAAAGUACAGCCAUUAUUACCUGGAUAUCCCAAAUGGUAUCUCGAGUUUUGUUCUAGAUUUAAGUAUGACUUUAAUGGUGACACUGAAGCAACUGCUGAGGACUUGGAGUGGGAAUCAGGACCUUAUCGUAUAAGCACUCAAAUGCGUUCAGUUCCCAAACUGAUGCGACUCAUGUGGAAUGGAUAUCCCCUCCAUUUCGAUGAGAAGUACGGCUGGGGUUACCUUAAGCCCCAUAUUACGGCUCAUGAGUGUCCCGAUAGAGUAGAGGGAGGUAUUGAUGAUAAGAAAAAUACAAUUUAUUUUCCUAUGAAAGAGUUUCGAGAACUAAUAAGUAGAAGACAAACGCCUUCAAAACCAUUGGGUUUAAAGCAAAUGUGUGACACAUUUGCUGACAUUGGCAAUGAAACCGAAAUGAAAUCUGAAAACACAAAAGCUUUCGAUGAUGUGAUUAAAGGCUGUUUGUUCUAUAAGUUGCCGCAUAAGGGAGGGCCCGAUAAAAGAGUCGGCAAUCCUUUAUCAAAGGAUUUUCUAAAGAGAGUAGAGGACGGGUCGUUGACAUCACUGGACACUGAAAUCACAAAUUCAGUGCUCAAUCAAAGCAAAAGGCUCUCGUACUGGAAGAACGCUUCGAAGCGGAUUCGGUCGCAAAUUGUCAUGUCAUGUGAUAAUGGCAUCAGUGGUGCAAUUCUGCCCAGAGUUAUAGUGGCCGGAACUGUGACCAGACGGGCUGUCGAGCCCACGUGGUUAACGGCCAGUAAUGUGGUCACCGAUAGGUUGGGCAGUGAACUCAAGUCUAUGAUUCAAUGUCCUGAAGGCUAUCAUUAUGUGGGCGCAGACGUCGAUUCUCAAGAGCUUUGGAUCGCAUCUCUUAUAGGAGACUCUCAUUAUUCUGGAAUACAUGGGUCGACAGGAAUCGGAUGGAUGACCCUCGAGGGCAACAAAGUGAACGGCACUGAUAUGCACAGCAAAACUGCCGCUUCUAUUAACAUCACCAGAGAUGAGGCAAAGGUAUUGAAUUACGCGCGAAUCUAUGGCGCCGGACAACCAUUCGCCUCCCGAUUCCUCAUGCAAUCCAAUCCAUCUCUCGAUACCAAAGAAGCCAAAGAAAAGGCCAAAAAGAUUUUCACUGAAACCAAAGGCACACGAAAAAAGUUAUUGAGAAGCGAUGGAAAUGGUGGGAGUGGUGGGGGUGGCAGUGGACACAGGCAAUGGGUCGGCGGCACUGAAUCUCAUAUGUUCAACAAACUCGAAGAGAUCGCAGAGUCAUCGGAACCGAGAACUCCAGUCCUCGGCUGUCGUAUAAGCAGAGCAUUGGAGCCACAAGUGGUGAAAGACAGUUACAUGACAUCCAGAGUCAAUUGGGUAGUGCAGUCGUCUGGUGUGGACUUCUUGCACAUAAUGUUAGUCACAAUGAAGUGGUUAAUGAGUGAAAUGCAAAUCGACGGCCGAUUCUCUAUAAGCAUUCACGACGAGCUCCGGUAUUUGGUCCGCAGUGAACACAGAUAUAAGGCUGCGUUAGCCCUACAACUGUCCAAUCUCUUGACCCGAUGUCUGUUUGCGCACAAACUUGGUUUCAAUGAUCUGCCCCUUUCUGUCGCAUUCUUCUCCAGUGUAGACAUCGAUAAGUGUCUGCGAAAAGAAGUCAACAUUGAUUCAAACACUCCGUCCAACCCUCUGGGCCUUCAAGUGGGAUACGGCAUCCCUUUCGGCCAAUCCCUCGAUAUAUUGCAAUUGAUUCACAAAAUUGAUGAAAUCUAA